AUCUGUGUUGCCGUAGCAACACAUAUUAAAUUACGUAGGCUUACAGGUGGUGGACUUUAAACUGAGGUGGAGGGACAGGUGACGCCAAGCACGGGAAACUCUUCUUCCUGGAAACAAACAAAGCUAUCGCAAAAAUGGCUAAAUUCUUCACUCCAGUUCAAAUCAAUGAGUUCAAGGAGUGCUUCUCCUUAUAUGACAAGAAGCAAAAGGGUAAGAUCGUUGCCAAAGACCUGAUCACAGUUAUGCGCUGCCUGGGUACAAGCCCCACGUUCGGUGAAAUCGAAAGACAUCUACAAGUUCACAAAAUUGAAAAGACAGGUGAGCUGGACUUUUCUACAUUUCUAACGAUGAUGCACAGACAGAUGCAACAGGAAGACCCCAAGGCAGAAAUCCUGGAGGCUUUGAGGAUGACGGACAGACAGAAGAAAGGACAUAUCCAGGCAUCUGAGCUCCGGGCCAAGCUGACGUUGUUGGGGGAGAAACUCACCAACAAAGAAGUGGAUGAAAUCUUCAAAGAGGCAAACGUUAAGUCAAACGGGAUUGUUAACUACGAAGAGUUUACCCAGAUAGUGACGCUGCCUCCGGUCGAUUACUGAUUUUUCAGCCAUGAUGGACUUCACUUAACAUACACUGAACGCGAUGGUUUGAAUUUGCAGAGAUUACAUAAUGUAAAAAAUAUAUAGCAUUAGAAAAUAUUCUUCAAUGUGUUCAUAACUCUAUAAUUAACUGUUGAUUCUUAAAUGCAGAAUGUCUUUUCUCUGUAUGUAGCUUUCAUGUAGGACAGUAAACAUUUUGUGAAUCAUGGUUGUACUGUAUUGUUACUAACACUAUGAGACACAGUUUGUGAUUCUUUGAUGGGAUGAAAUUGUAAAUGCGUUAAAUUCUGGGUACACAUUUUGUCCAUCUUGAGCCUCUUUCCGGACAAAUGAAAUGUCCAGUUUGAGAAUUUGUGUAAAUAUCUCUGCAUGCUUGUGAGUGAUAUAUUACAACUUUCGCUUCAUUAAGUACUUUCACUGUCAACUUUUCAAACCUAUUAAACUCCAUUAUCAUUCCAAA